ACUUUUCAACACUCAACACACAUCAACCCUUGGACGGUCUGUCCCACCAUCCUGCAUACCAGGAAGUUGGACUUUGCUCUCAGUGAGGGGCGGAGCUGGGUUUUUCCUUUCCCUCCUCCUUGUAACUCAGGAGCUACUUGUUGCAGAAAGUGGAUGGUGUGGGAAACACUUCGCUGCUCGGACUUGACGAGAACACGGGCAGAUUUUUGGAUUUUUGACAGUUGGUUUUAGCAGCUUGGCUUGAUUACGAUUUGGACCAGGAGGACCUUUUUCGGGUGAUGGCUUCUGACAGAUGUCCGCCAUAAUCUGCUCUUCACAGAGGAAUGCUCCUUUGGCCCCUGCAGCUUCUCAGCACUAAUAAAACAUGGAAUUUUGAGGAUCUUGUCAAGCAUCUUUGUCAAGCAUCUCUGGAAUGUGUCUGGGAAAUUUUUUCAAAGACUUCCUUCCGUGAUGUCACUUCUGAAUAUUGGAUGUGACUGGAGUUUUUAAAUCUGUUGCUUUGCCAAUACUUGAUUUGGGAUUGGUCUGACAGCUUGACAGCUUUAGUUAUUCACUGUAAUUCACAUUUUUACUACUACUGAACUUUUACUACUGAACAAUUUGAGAACCCUCUUUGACUUUAUUUGCUUCUUCAUCCCAGGUUCUCUUCUACCAGUGAUUAUAUGGAAUAUUCUUGGCAAUACAAUAUUUCUUGAGCUCCACCUUUGUUUACUUUUACUUGGAUUUCAGCUUGUAAAAGCACUGACCUUUUGGGGUGUAAAGUCAGCGACGUGAUACACCUUGAAAGUCUGAUAACACUGUGUGAUCACCUGGACCAGUCCUUCAUCCAUCAGCAGUCAUGGAUUCUGUGGCAGCCAGAAUGGCCAUGGUGACUGACUCCCCCAAUCCGUCUCUGAGGUCGAAGACCACUGUGACGACAGAUGGCGACUCUUUUGUGAGCACUGCCAGCCUUCCAUGCAGCCACUUCCUGUCCUCCAAUGUCAUCAAUGUUGUGGAGAAAUGUAUGAGCUCCAUGCAGAUGGGGACCCAGAUGGUGAAGCUCCGCGGUGGCUCCAAGGGACUGGUGCGCUUCUUCUAUCUGGACGAACACAAGUCCUGCAUCCGCUGGAGGCCUUCGCGCAAGAAUGAAAAGGCUAAGAUCUCCAUUGACUCCAUCCGGGAGGUGUGUGAGGGUAAGCAGUCUGAGAUCUUCCAGCGCUACGCAGAGGGCAGCUUCGACCCCAACUGCUGCUUCAGUCUGUACUACGGCGAGCACAUGGAGUCCCUGGACCUUGUGUCUGGCACUGGAGAGGAGGCACGAACCUGGAUCACGGGCCUCAAAUAUCUGAUGGCUGGCAUCAGUGAUGAGGACAGCUUGGCUAAGAGGCAGCGCACCCGAGACCAAUGGCUGAAGCAGACCUUCACGGAGGCUGAUAAGAAUGGUGAUGGAAGCUUAAGCAUCAGUGAGGUCCUCCAGCUCCUGCACAAACUCAACGUCAACCUGCCCCGACAGAAGGUCAAACAAAUGUUCAAGGAGGCAGAUACAGAUGACAACCAGGGGACGCUGGGCUUUGAGGAGUUCUGCUCCUUCUACAAGAUGAUGUCGACCCGCAGGGAUCUGUACCUCCUCAUGCUCACCUACAGUAACCUUAAAGACCAUCUCGACACAAACGACCUGACCCGCUUCCUGGAGACUGAGCAAAAGAUGACCAAGGUGACCAAGGACCAUUGCCUGGAGAUUAUCAACAAAUUUGAGCCUUGCUCUGAAAACCAGAAGCAAGGAGUUUUGGGAAUUGAUGGUUUUACAAAUUACAUGCGCAGUCCAGCUGGGGACAUUUUCAAUCCAGAACACUACAACGUGAACCAGGAUAUGAACCAGCCGCUGUGCCACUACUUCAUCGCGUCCUCACACAACACCUACCUUAUGGGUGACCAGCUGAUGUCGCAGUCGAGGGUGGACAUGUAUGCCUGGGUGCUGCAAGCUGGCUGUCGCUGCGUAGAAGUGGACUGUUGGGAUGGUCAGGAUGGUGAGCCCAUCGUUCACCAUGGCUACACCCUCACCUCCAAGAUCCUCUUCAAAGACGUCAUCGAGACCAUCAACAAGUACGCCUUUAUCAAGAACGACUAUCCAGUCAUCCUGUCCAUAGAGAACCACUGCAGUGUUCCUCAACAAAAGAAGAUGGCUCAGUACCUGAUUGAGAUCCUUGGGGACAAACUGGACCUGUCCAAAAUCAAAGCAGAUGCGUCUGGACAUUUGCCGUCACCAGAAACUCUCAAGGGCAAGAUCCUUGUCAAGGGGAAGAAACUACCUCCCAACAUUGAUGAGAAUGCAGAAGAGGGAGACGUGUCGGACGAGGACAGCGCUGAUGAAAUGGAGGACGACUGCAAGCUGAUGAACGGAGAUACGUCGGCCAACAGGAAGCAGGUGGAGAACAUGGCCAAGAAAAAACUGGACAACCUUAUGAAAGAGUCCAAGAUCAGAGACAGAGAAGACCCGGACAGCUUUACCAUCGCAGCCCUGCCACCUGCUGGGAACCCCACUGAGAAAGCAGGCUCUAAGGGUAAAAGUGAGGAUGGGGCAGACACGGCGGACGAGGCUAAUCCCAGCAGCAACAAGCGCACAGGCCGCUCCUUCAUGGGUAGCUUCUCCAAACGCAAGAAAAAGACAGGCAAGCUGAAGAAGACGUCGAGCUUUGAAGACACAGAUACAGACCAAGAGAGUACAAGUAGUGCCUCCCGUGCCCCCUUGCACCACAGCAAAAAGAAGAAGACCAUGAAGUUAUCCAGAGCUCUGUCUGAUCUGGUCAAGUACACGUGCUCUGUGGGCCUCUAUGAUAUUGAGGCACAAGCUAACUGCAGCUGGCAGGUGUCGUCACUCAGUGAGACCAAAGCCCACCAGGUGAUGCAGCAAAAAGCUACUGCCUUCAUCCAGUUCAACCAGCAACAGCUCUCCCGCAUCUACCCUUCCUCCUACCGCGUGGACUCCUCCAACUUCAACCCCCAGCCCUUCUGGAAUUCUGGCUGCCAGCUUGUUGCACUCAACUACCAGUCAGAGGGCCGGGUUCUUCAGCUCAACAGAGCCAAAUUCUACAGCAAUGGCAACUGUGGCUACAUCCUCAAGCCUGCCUGCAUGUGCGAAGGUGCCUUCAACCCUUACCUGGAGGACCCGAUGCCAGGUCAGAUGAAAAAACAGCUGGUGCUGAAGAUCAUCAGUGGACAACAGCUGCCCAAACCCAAAGACUCUAUGCUAGGAGACAGAGGAGAGAUCAUCGAUCCUUUCGUGGAGGUGGAGAUCAUCGGCCUUCCAGUGGACUGCUGCAAGGAGCAGACCAGAGUUGUGGAUGAUAAUGGGUUCAACCCGAUGUGGGAGGAGACUCUUGUGUUCACGGUCCACCUGCCAGAGCUAGCCCUAGUGCGUUUCCUUGUGUGGGACCAUGACCCCAUUGGCCAGGACUUCAUCGGCCAGCGCACCAUCGCUUUCAACAGCAUGAUGCCAGGUUAUCGCCAUGUAUACUUGGAAGGUAUGGAGGAGGCGUCCAUCUUUGUUCAUGUAGCUGUGAAUGACAUCACUGGUAAGGCCAGAACAACCAGCGGCAUAAAAGGGCUGUUUCACAGAAACCCAAAGCAGGCUUCCCUGGACAGCCAUGCUGCUGUACAGCACAGUCGUAAGCACCCGUUUGGUGCCCACCUCCUGCGCCGCACUGCCAGUGCACCCACCAAAGGCCAGCCCAAAAUCAAGAAGGGCUUUCCAGAGAUCGCCAUCGACACCAAAGACUACAGCUCAGAGGGUGCUAGUGAGGAGCGAGAGUCUGAGGACAAGGCCUCUGCUGCUGCCUCUCACCAGUCCACAACACCAUUACACCGUAACGGGGACUCACUGACAUCACACCAAGCCAAGGGCCCCAGGGACCAUCCAGACACCAAUGGGGCUUUUAACUCUGAGGAGGGUAAAGAGUAUUCCACAGUGCAGAGACCAGCUCCUCCUCCUCCAUUCCUUGCACUAACCUCUGAAGACACCAGGAACACACGUUUCAUCUGCUCUGUCUCCACUUCAGAAGAGCGCCCGUCUUCACAUCACUCCUCAUCUACACCACUGCACUCACCAUCCACAGCAAUAAAUGCAGACUCCCUAUUGACCGUUCCUUCAAAUGGGGCCUUGGACAGUCCUAUAAAGGUGAGCGGAGACCCUAAGAAACCACCUACUCUUUCCAGAACUGCAUCACUUUAUCUGACGAACCUUGCUGAGAAAACUCUACCGUCACAGUGUAGUGAAUAUACCCAGAACAACAAAAGCCCUCAUUCAUUCAUGGAGCACACACCAAACAAGAUGGAAAACACAGAAACUCUGUCAGAAAAGAAAAGUGAUACAGUCCCCCAAGUCCAACAGUUAACGUCCCUCCACAAAACAGAGCCUCCUGCUGCAGCUGCCAGGACCCCCGCACUCCCUGGAGCUCAGAUAGCCCAGGCCAGGAGAGCACUUUUUAGUAAUUUGCCAUCACACACACCAGUAAGAAGAACAAAAAGUGAGGGCCAUGUUCGGGUGGCUGUAGGCUCAGCCAGCCAGGCACAGUCAGCAGUACCAGAGGUCUGCACAGAUGCUACCUUGAAUGACCGCCUUUGGAGCAAGUUGGAACCAGGCAGCCAUCGCGACAGCAUGUCCUCCUCUUCUAGCAUCUCUUCCAGUGACACCGUCAUUGACCUGUCCCUGCCUAAUCUGGCCAGGAAGAGCCUCACCAGCCUGUCCACAGCUGGCAGCACCUGCGAUCCUCCCUGGGUCAACUGUCGUCACUCUACAUUAGUCUCCUAUGACGCCCUACGAGUCAGCAAAAGCAAGUCAAACCCCAAUCUUCAGCAAAGUCAAUGCCCCACUGAUGAGCUCAAGCCCCGUCCCUUGCAGCCCUCACAGGAAUCUUCUAUAGACUCCCCCAACAGGUUGACUCAGAGGAGGCACACAUGGAGCCGACUUUACAUGGAAGGGCUCAAGCAGUCAUCAGCCAGGAGGCUUUCACCUGCAGCUACAUCAACAGCAGCUACAGCUUCCAUGUCCAAAAGCCUUGGUGAUCUGACCUCUGAUGAUAUUUCUUGUAAUUUUGACAGCAAGUACCGAAGCAUCAGCCGCAGCUUCAUUGUUAGGCCAACUAGGGACCAGCUCCACAAGGGCAGCCUACGGAAGUCUCGACCACCCAGUGAUCUCACAGAGCAACUGCGGAAGCUAACCAAUGUGGAGCCCUUGACUGCUAGUGACUUUGCCCCAGAAAACAGGCCUAGAGAGUCAAAUGAGGAGUCUAUGGAUGAGACUCUAGUGCGAAGGACCUCCUCUAGGAGCCAAAGCAGGGUUCGGUAUAUUGCAAACAGGGCGAAGAAGGCCCAAGAAAGGCAGAGGCUCCAGGGCCUGGUCCAGGGCAGAAGUGCAAGCUUUAGCCAUACUGAUAGCAGUGGAAGUAGUGCUAGCCCCAUUGAGGAGCGGGGGAACCCUGAAGGUGCGUGUUGCGUGGCCCGUAGUCCAUGCACCAGUCUGGACCUGCUGAGUCAGCUCACCCCCUUAGGAACCCCCUCCCCUAGACAGUCCCAGUCCUCUUCCGACCCUGAAAACAGUGAAGUCUUUUUCAUGCUCAAACUCUGAGAACUGGCUGACUUGGAACUGAGUGUGUGAGACACAGCUAGAAACUUUGGAAUACAGUCCAGUUUUUUUUAGAAACAGCUACAUAUCUUGCAUAAUAUCUCAGAAAACUGGCUCACAAUGCAGAUUUCAGUGUCUAACAGAAAACUCUUCCCCUGAGUUAGAAGUCCAGUCUGUACAAUCUAUGUCUUGUGCAAGAUCCUGUUUUUUAAACUUAUGCAUUCAGAAAACAUUAUCCUGAAACUACAGGAGAGCAGUUCAAAGCAACUACUACAGUUCUGUAAUCUGUUUGCACCAAAUGUUAGUUGCCAGAAUGUAUUUAGUGAAAAAUACCUGGAGUUUUUAUAUGGCUGUUUUUGUUGACUGUGACUACUCUCAUGUUUGAGUAUUUUUUGUAACAUUACAUGAGGAUACAGUAGCAAUAGAUCACUACUAGUGGAUGGGAUUUUAAAUGAUCCAUUUUUAUUUACUUGAACUGUAAUGGAAUACUUUAGCUGAGUUGAAAAUUAGAUUUUCAGUCCAUCCAUCCACUAGCAAUAUUUUGAAAAUGAUGGCAUGGUAUCAUAUUGAAUAUAAUGUACAGUUUGAUGCUAAAAACUGAGGCUUGUCUCAUGUCUUGCUGAAAAAAUGGCAAGUAAUUAUUCCUACAUUUCAGGUCAAAAGAUCUUCAUUUUUAGUAUUCCUUGUGUGGUGGUUACAUUGUAAUUGGACCAAACCACCAAUAUUUUGCUGACUUUCCUAAUCUGUGGCAUGUCACAGCACUGAUAACCUGUAUGUUAAAACAGCGGUGUAUUACUCCAUACCAAGUUUAGCUCUUUUUAGUUGACUGCAUGUCUUUUAUGCACUGUGAUGUUUAUCCUAAGGCUGUGCUUUAUUUUACACAGACUUGUUAUGUUAAUAUUUGUUAAUGUUCCAAAAUUGCUUUUGGGAUUGUCUGACAAUGUUCAGAAGAGCAUCUUGCCUAAAACCCUGUUUUCUCAUUGGUCCAUGGUACUAAUACAAGAUGGAAAUGAUCUGUAUCAAAGCACGUUUAUUUGUCGGCCUGCUGUAUUGUUUGCACUGCCAUGCCAGUUCUUUGUGCAAAAUUUUAGGGACAAUAUUUAAUUCAAACGAUGUGUAAUUAUGACCUGAAUAAAUCUCAAAUGAAUAUUA